UCUAAAUCUGAUAAUAAUGAUGAUAACGAAAACUUAUGAUGACGAUAAUUGUGACACUUGAAGUUUUUUUAAUUUUUUUUUUAUUUUUAAUUUUUCCCUUGAAAGAAAAUCUGGGUGCAGUGGCCUCUUUGGGUGUUUUAAUGUGCAUGGUUGUCACUAUAGUGGGCAUAAAAUUAUGGUGGUUUAAACAUCGUUUAUCAUUCGAACAGACCAGUACCCAGAAUGGUGCUGCAGGUGGUGGUACGCCACCAGUUAUAGUUCCGCGUCGGAGUAAACAACAAAAAUAUAAAAAGGAUAAAAGAUAUUCACAACAAAUCUAUGACAGUGUUGAAGUUCAUGGUGUUUUUAGACAAAAACGUGAAGAUGAAUUGGAAAUUCAAAGACCCCAACAGCUGCCACCGGUACGCAUACGUCAACACUCCGAUAGUACUUCCUCACUUAUAUUACCGCCACCACGUAAUAAGAGAAGAGAUCAAGUACAUUCAACAGCAUUUGAAGACUUAGAAAUCGCUACACCACCCCUAACAACAGCCUCUUCUUCUGAUUUAACCGCCAUACGUGAGAGUAAUACAAAAAUAUCGUUAACAUUUGAGGAAUUUGAAAAACAAUUCAAAUUAAAAGAAAUAAAACCCGAAGUUAACGAACAACCCAACUCACAUGAAGUUAUAGAAAUACCUGUACCACCGUUACGUUUAAAUCGCAGCAGUUCGGCUAUGGUAAAGCCGGAAAAGACACCGCGCUAUUUGAAAUCAUCACAAUCUAUAACAAUACCAGAAUUUCAUAAAGUUAUAGAGCGUAGACCGACUGGUUUCUCGAGGCCAACAGAAGAUUUAACGAAAAUCGAUGAUUAUGAUGAACCCAAACUCUUUGAAACCUUUGGAGAGCGAAGACCUACUGGUUACAUUAAGUAUGAAGAAGUUGAUGUUGAUCUACAGGAACAAUAUGAAAAGGAACUAAAUGCAGAGUUAGCUAAGGAUAAACGAAAUUGGGAAAAUUCACCAGAACUGCCUGCCCUAGAUGCUUUACGAAAUGAACGUAUUAUUUAUAAUAAUAAUUUAAACGAAAGUCCUGAAGCACAAUAUACUGAAAAGUAUAAUUUCAAUGUGAAGUCCUUUAAAUUUAGUGAACUAGAAGAUGUUGAAUAUAAAGAAGAGGAUUUCAAGGAUCAGAGUAAGAAUAAAAUGGCGGAAAUUAAAGAAAUUUCCUCUGUAAUAUUUGAGGAAUUAGAUACCGAAAAUUUCCCAAAUAAUGAAGAAGUAUUUGCUACAGAUUAUCGUUCUGUUAAUGAUCGAAGGCCCACAGAGUUUGUGAAACAAUCUCAAACAGAUGAAGUAGAAUCAGUUGCUGAAUUUAAAGAGCCUAGUGCCAUUGAAUUUGCCAAAGAAUCUUCGAAUGCUGGAGAGGAAUUUGUAACUGUCCCUUUAUUUAAAGAACCAAGACCCACUGAGUUUAAUAAAGACACGCAAAGUGAGGAGUUUGUUACCAAUUUACAUUCAGUUGGAAAACAAAGAUCAACGGAGUAUGUUAACGAACCACAAACUGCUGAAGAAGAAUGCGUUACAGAGUUCCGUUCAGUUAAAGAACGAAGACCUAUAGAGAAAUUUGUAACAGAAUAUCGUUCAGUUCAAGAAGCUGAUCAAAGAGAAUUCAUAACUGAGUACCGUUCAGUUAAGGAACGCAGACCUACAGAGUUUGCUAAAGACUCUCAACAAGAUUUCGAAGAAGAAUUUGUUACAGAGUUCCGUACAGUUAAGGUUAAAGAUCCUAAAAAGAACGAAGAAUAUAUAACAGAAUAUAAUUCAAUAAAAGAACGAAGACCCUUCGAGUUUGCCAAUGAAUCAAUGUUUGUUGGUCAAACCAAUGGAAAUUCAGAAUUUUUCGAUUCAUCAAGUUUGCAAGAAGAUUUCGAUAGUCAAUUCACUAGUUGGCCUCAGUUUGAGGAGAAAAUUGAAACUCCAAAAGUUAAUGUUAGAAGAUUUAAUAAUCAUCAUUUGGAAACACAAAUCAGUUUCGAGGAGGAACCGGAACUCAAGGAACAAACGGCAAUUUCCUUUAAUGUCAACGAAACUAAUGACAAAUUUACUCUCAAUCAAAGACGUCCUACAGGUUACGUGAGAAAUUGGCCAGAAUCACCAGAAUUAAGUGAAACGGAAGAAUGGCAAGAAUCGUCUCAUAGUCAAAGGAAAGUGUAUAGUCAAGUACGUUCCUUAAUGACCACUGAAUCCACCACAUAUUUUCAACAACGUGAGGUAACGUUUAAUUCUUCAAACGUUCAACAUUCUAAACAAGAGUUUGAUGACGAUUCUGCAAUAAAACAAAGACGUCCCACGGGAUUUGUAAGGAAUGAUGAUUACUAUGUGACAUUUAAUGAUGAAUCUGAUGAGGAUGAAAGCGAAAGCCAAACGCAUGCUAACGAGGAAUUGGAGGACUCUCAAUCACCAAAAGUUAAAUUUAAUGAUGAGAGUUUGAAAUGGACAGAAAGUGAAACAGAAAAGUUCACACUAAAUAAAAGAAGACCUACAGGUUUUAUAAGAACAACAAAUAGUGAAGAAUUGUGGAAUGAGAUUAACUUGCAACAGGAUUCCGAAGAUGUUCCUAAGAGCCAAGUGAAAUUUGAUAAAUCUACUGAUUUCAAGGAUGAACAAGAUGAAUGGAAUUCCGAUAUCAAACAGAGAAGACCUACAGGUUUUAUAUGGAAAAUGGAUAUGUUAGAGUUGUCAGAUGAUGAAAAUUCCGCCCUUAAAGCAAGGCGACCAACUGGUUUUAAUAAAGACCUCACUUUAGAAGAUGAGGAAUAUAGCAGAAAUAAUUUCGAAAAUAAAGAGAUUCCCCUUAGUCCCACCGUUAGAUUUAAAGAAAUGGAACAUAGUUUUAGUGAUUCCGAAAAUAAUAGCGAGUCUUUGAUUAAACAACGAAGACCUACUGGUUUUGUGAGAAAGGAAGAGUUAGAUAAAUUGGAAAAGCAAGUACAUUUCGUAAAAGACAAGGAAGAAAGCGAACAUUUUUCUAAAGAAAAUGAAGCCUUAAAGCAAAGAAGACCUACGGGAUUUGUAAGAAAAGAAGAAGUUAAUAAACAAGUAAAUUUCCUACUACAACAAGACAACUCUGAGGAAGAAGGAGCCACAACUGAAUUUGGAAAUGAAGAAUUAAGACAAAGAAGACCUACAGGUUUUGCGAGAAAAAAGGACUUAACUUUUUUGGAAAAUCCACCACCCUUAUAUCAACCACAAACCAAUGAUAGCAACAAUCAUUUUGAUGAUCAAUUAUGGCAAGAAAUGGAAAAAGAUAUAGAAAAUGAUUUCUCCCAUAACAUUGAAGAAGAAUUCACUAAAAUACGUCACUCCUAUGAAGUACAUGAAGCUGAUUUUCUAGAAAAAUCUCCACUAAAUAGUCCCCAACAACCUUUAGGCUUUGGCAAAAGUAUUGAAGAUGAUUGGUCCAAUUUCGAAAACUUAAAGACACAACAAAUUACUAAGGCAAACUUACAAUCACCACAAGAAAUUAAGAUAACUUUUAGUGAUCCCGAGUUAACGGCUGCUACUACCUCAAUACUCAAAGAACCGAAAUUAGAUGAAGAUAUUCAGGCAAAACCGCGCAAAAGUAAAGUAACAUUCGAUUUUAAGACCGAAGAACAUGUUAUACCGGGCCGAAAUGCCCAAAGAGAUUUAGAAUUUGAGUCAGAUUAUGAUGAUGAUGUAUAUGACAAAGCUCCACCGCCCAUACCACCACAACCCAUGCAACGUUUGUCAAAUAUAAAUUAUAAUACAGAAGCAACCCUGACACCGAUUGUUACCAUACCCAAAACUAUAUCUUUAUUUGGUUCUCAAAUAUCCCAGGAAGAUAAUGACAAUGAAGAUAGUUGGUCUGCCAUACGUAAACAUCGCAACUUAACGGUGGAAUUGCAAAAUGUUACAGCAACCACUGACGCCAAAUUAUCCUCACCGCCACCUGAUUUUAAUACACCACCACCUAAACCAGCCUAUCGCAAUCCUAUGGCUCAACUGGCUAUACAACGAGCCAAGGAAGUGCGUGCCGAUAUGGAUGGUUUUAAGGCACGUUCUAUAAAUGAUAAAAAACCAGAGGCUUCCAAGAGACAAAAACAGAAAUUUUUAGAUUUAAAUAAUGUGGAUUAUGAAGGUACUGAAGCUUAGUUUGUUUUUCUUAAAUUAUUGUUUUAGCUAGUAGGAGUAUUUCGAUUAGAUAUACUUUACUUAUUAAUAAAAUUUUUAAUGUAAAACUAUUAAA